AUGGAGAGAAUUAAGAAAACCCAAUCUGUCUUCUUCAUGUGUCCUUUAAUUAUGACUGCAGUCUGUGCGCAAAGUUCAAGAGACCCCAGUAAUAUGCCAGUAGUGAAAGAAACGGUGGACAGAUUGAUGAAAGGAUACGACAUUCGGUUGAGGCCAGAUUUUGGAGGGGCUCCGGUAGCGGUGGGAAUGAAUAUAGACAUAGCCAGCAUUGACAUGGUAUCCGAAGUAAACAUGGAUUACACAUUGACAAUGUAUUUCCAGCAAGCUUGGCGAGACAAACGUCUCUCGUACUCUGAGAUUCCUCUGAAUCUCACUCUGGAUAACCGCGUGGCUGACCAGCUCUGGGUGCCCGAUACCUAUUUCCUGAACGAUAAGAAGUCCUUUGUGCAUGGCGUCACGGUCAAGAACCGAAUGAUCCGCCUGCAUCCCGAUGGAACUGUGCUGUAUGGAUUAAGGAUCACCACCACUGCAGCCUGUAUGAUGGACCUGAGGCGUUACCCUCUGGACGAACAGAACUGCACCUUGGAAAUAGAGAGCUACGGCUACACCACAGACGAUAUUGAAUUUUACUGGCGAGGUGGAGAUGGAGCUGUAUCUGGAGUGGAAAGGAUAGAACUGCCUCAGUUCUCCAUCGUAGACUACAAGCUCAUCUCCAAGAACGUAGUUUUCUCCACAGGUUCCUACCCCCGUUUGUCCCUGAGCUUCAAGCUGAAGAGGAACAUUGGCUACUUCAUCUUGCAGACCUACAUGCCGUCCAUCUUGAUCACCAUCCUUUCAUGGGUUUCCUUCUGGAUCAAUUACGAUGCCUCUGCCGCCCGUGUGGCUUUAGGUAUUACCACUGUGCUGACCAUGACCACAAUCAACACACAUUUGCGAGAGACUUUACCCAAGAUCCCCUAUGUUAAGGCCAUAGACAUGUACCUGAUGGGCUGCUUCGUUUUUGUGUUCCUGGCCCUGCUGGAGUACGCUUUUGUCAACUAUAUCUUCUUUGGGAGGGGCCCACAGCGACAGAAGAAGGCAGCAGAGAAAGCUGCCACCGCCAACAAUGAGAAACUGAGGCCUGAUCCUAACAAGUGGUUGGUGGGAAAUGUAGUUCAGAGAGACGAUGCUCUGUAUGCAAGAAUGAAACAGAGGGAAAUUGACGCGUAUGACUCGAUGUGGGAUCCGAUCUUUGCGGAGGAUGCGGCAUUAGGACUAGGCGAGCAAAGAAUUAAGAUGAAUCCCGACGACAUCCGGCUGACGACCGUAGAGAUGAAAAAUGAGAUGGGACCGUCUGAUCUGUCGCGGGGUCUGGGAGACCCCCGCAGCACCAUGUUGGCCUAUGACAGCUCCACCCUGCAGUAUCGCCGGGCAGCCAUGGCCAGGCAGAACUAUGGCCACAGUGCCCUGGAACGUCACGCCACCCAGAAGAAAAGUCGACUCCGGAGACGGGCGUCCCAGCUCAAAGUCAACAUCCCCGACCUGUCCGACGUUAACUCUAUCGACAAAUGGUCGAGGAUGAUCUUCCCCACGGUCUUUUCCUUCUUUAACGUAGUUUACUGGCUCUACUACGUCCAUUAA